AUGGCUGCGUCUGCGCUGCUCAGGAGCCGGUGCCGACGGCCCAGCUAUCUGAACAAGCUGGCCAAGGCUGAGGACCUCAUCGACCUCUUCCCUCACGGCUCGUACAUCGGUUGGUCGGGCUUCACGGGUGUAGGAUAUCCAAAGAAAGUGCCCACGGCUCUGGCCGACUAUGUCGAGAAGAACGGGCUCCAAGGCCAGCUCAAGUACAAUCUGUUCGUGGGGGCGUCGUCGGGUGCGGAAACCGAGAAUCGAUGGGCGCGCCUGAACAUGAUUGAGCGCCGGGCUCCUCACCAGGUGGGCAAGGAGAUUGCCAAGGGCAUCAACAACGGCAACAUCAAGUUCUUCGACAAGCAUCUCAGCAUGUUCCCCGUCGACCUGAUGUACGGCUGGUACACCAAGAACAAGUCCAACAACCGUCUGGACGUCGCCAUCGUCGAGGCCUCCGCCAUCACCGAGGACGGAGGCAUCAUCCCCGGUGCCAGCGUGGGCGCCUCGCCGGAAAUCAUCCAGAUGGCCGAUAAGAUCAUCAUCGAGCUCAACACUGCCACCCCCAGCUUUGAGGGCCUCCACGACAUCACCAUGACCGAGCUCCCUCCGCGGCGAAAGCCGUACCUGAUCAUGGCACCCGAAGACCGGAUCGGCACGCCGCACAUCCCCGUCGACCCCGAGCGUGUGGUGGCCCUCGUCGAGUCCGACUAUCCCGACCAGACGACCGAGAACGCGCCGGAAGACGCGACUUCGCAAGCCAUCGCACAGAACCUGAUCGAGUUCCUGCAACAUGAGGUCACGCACGGCCGACUGCCUAAGAACCUGCUCCCGAUCCAGUCGGGAAUUGGAAACAUUGCCAAUGCCGUCAUUGGUGGGCUGGCUAAAGGCGGAGCCGACUUCAAGAACCUGAAGGUGUGGACGGAAGUGCUGCAAGACUCGUUUCUCGAUCUGUUCGACAGCGGCAACCUGGACUUUGCCACCGCCACGUCCAUCAGAUUCUCGCCGGGCGGGUUCCAGCGAUUCUACGACGGAUGGGAGAACUACCACUCCAAGCUGCUCCUCCGGUCACAGCAAGUGUCCAACUCGCCUGAGAUCAUCCGCCGGCUGGGCGUGAUUGGCAUGAACACGCCGGUCGAGGUCGACAUCUACGCGCACGCCAACAGCACCUGCGUCAUGGGCUCGCGCAUGCUCAACGGCCUGGGCGGCUCGGCCGACUUCCUGCGCUCCGCCAAAUACUCGAUCAUGCACACGCCGAGCACGCGACCGAGCAAGACCGACCCCACGGGCAUCACCUGCAUUGUGCCCAUGUGCACACACGUCGACCAGACCGAGCACGAUUUGGACGUGGUGGUGACUGAGAUUGGUCUUGCCGAUGUUCGAGGCAUGAGUCCCCGCGAACGGGCGCGCGAGAUCAUCAACAAGUGCUCCCAUCCCGACUACCGACCCAUCCUGCAGGAAUACUUCGACAAGGCCGAGUACGAGUGCCUGAAGAAGGGCAUGGGCCACGAGCCGCAUUUGCUGUUCCAGGCCUUCGACAUGCACCGGAAUCUGCAGGAGAACGGGACGAUGAAGAUCAGCGGCUGGAAAUAG